AUGGUUGCCCUAACUCCCGUUUCGGACACCACCCCGGCCUCAUAUCCACGCAAGGCCACCCCGGAUGGACUUGUGCCCUUGGAGACCAUCAAACCGACCGACCAGAUUCCAGUCACCACCAAGACUGCCGAGGUCGCCUCGACGGAAUCUGCCUGCGCCGAUCCCUCGACCAUCACCGCAAACGGCAAUGCCUCCACGCCACGCGCACAAAAGGGUCGCAACGACACCGUUGCCCACGCUACUACCUCUGACCCAUUAUCUGACGAUCAAGCAAUGACAUUAAAUAUCUUGAAGAUUAUCGAAAGUUACGGGGUAGAUUACGAGAAAAAUGGCGCCUCGUGGAAGGGCUUCGACUCGUUCGUGCCUAUGGUCCGCGAGCGCGUCAAGAGACAGGAGCCUAUUCGCAUGAUUUUACCUGCGUUCCCGUUUAAGUCUCCUAAUGCGCGCGACAAGGUGCUGGGCACUAUGCCCGACUUUGGAGAGGAGUUGGCCCUGUUCCAUCUGAAUGGCCUGUGUGAGAACAUCGCCCAGGUGUAUACGCCAGGUGCGGAUGUCUAUUUAAGUUCGGAUGGACUGGUAUACAAUGAUAUACUGGGGGUGCCCGACGAAACCGUCUGGGACUAUGGCGAGACGCUGCGUAAGAUGGCCGUCGAGAAGGGACUGCAUCAUAUCAAAUUCAUUCGUCUCUUCGAGCUACUUGAGCACCCGUGGUUCCAGUCGUCCAAUCCAGAGUCAGCUAAAGCAUUUUAUCUGGCCCAUGCCAACUGCCUCCGCCGGGAACUGAUGUAUCUGUUUGGUGAUCCGACAUUUGACGCAAACGAGGCCAUCAAGACGGACAACGACACCUGUCUGACGUACCGCGGAUAUAUCAAGUUUCUCACCAAGGACCUGGCCCAUCAAGAAGACACACAGGCCAUGUCGAAACGAGCACGACAGACGCAGAUCGCGCAGACGGCGCGGCAAAUGAUCAUCCGUGGGAAAAUGUUCGCGGCGGCCAUCAAAGCUAGGCGGAAAGACUAUGUGCGGCUGUCAAUCCACGAGUCCGCAGGCGAGCGCAAAUUGUCCGUGUCGCUUAUCCCGCAGGUGCGAGGGUCCCUCGGGUAUACGCCGUGGCAUUCGUGCGUGGCCGUGGGACUGGACGGCUCGUUCCGCACCGUCCACGCCGAAGACGUCCGCGACACGCACGACUUGAUUUAUAAGAACGGCCAGCCAUACUACUUCCGCGAGCGAUCCAAGCUCUUCGACUGGGCGGAGGAUGGCCUGUCCGUUAAGUUCGAGCAUCUCUAUCCAUGUGGGCUCAUCAUCUGCCCCGCCGAUAUCGACAACGUCAAGCCGCGGCCGUCCAUCCGCGCGCUCCCCAUGCACAAAGUGCGCCACCUCUCGCACAGCAUGUCGCCCGUGGUGUUGCGCGGCUUCGCCGAGAGCCUCCAGGAAGACCUGUACCUGCAAAAGGCCGAGGAAUUCGGCACGAUUCUGCCCUGGAACUUCGGCGUCAUCCAAAAAGUGCGCGAUGAAGGCCACACCGACCGCAUGGGCAACAACGUGACAUCCAACGAGCCUCUGCCCAUGCACUUUGAUGGCCUAUUCAAGUUCGAGGACAGGACUGACCCUGAAACCGGCGAGACUAAAAAAGUUCCCUGCCCGCCGGGCUACCAGUUCUUUACAUGUCCUGUGACAGCACCCAAGGGCAGCGGAUAUACCCUGCUGGCUAACUCACGGCUCUUCUUCCGCUACCUGCCCCUGCCCUGGACUACCGAGCGUCUGGCCAAGGUAACCUGGGCUCUGAGCAACGACGGCUACUGGGAAUCCGAGCUCACACAGCAAAAGCUGGUCGAGGAUCACCCUGUCUUAGGCGUGCCGUGUCUGCGCUGGCAUCAGCCGUGGGACUCUUCCAGAACCAAGUUCUCGGCGUGUGAAGUGCGCAUCGAGAACGAUGAACAGGGCUUAGUGGACGUUGUCAAUUGUCUCGUCUAUGAUUACCGGGUUUGUCUCCGUUUCGAAUGGGAGAAGGGCGACCUGAUGAUCAAUGAUAAUACGGCCAUGUUGCAUACUCGCACCAGUUAUACCAGCGAUUGUGACCGGGAACUGUGGCGAAUCCACCUUGAUUAG